UCGCCCACCCGCCGUCGCCGUCGCGCGCUCGCGUCGCGUCCCUCCCUCCGCCGCGCGUCUCCCACACAAAGCCGCCGCCGCCGACCCAGGCCACCCACCUCCCGCCUAGCUCCUCUCCGACCAGAGCACACGAGCCGCCCGCCGCGUGCCACCCCAUGGCCACCGCCUGCCGCUUCGCCGCGCCGCUCGGCCUCGCCGCGCCGCCCCGCGGCCGCGCCCCCGCCGGCGUCGUCGUGGCCGUCGCCCAAUGCGGUUCCAAGGUCUCGAGAGGCGUCGCCGUCAGGGCGACGUCCAGCGGCGAGGGCGCGACGGAGGACGUGCCGGAGAUCGUCAAGGCUGCCCAGGACGCGUGGGACAAAGUUGAGGACAAGUACGCCGUGGCCACCAUCGGCGUCGCCGCCAUCGUCGCGCUCUGGACAGCGGCAGGAGCUCUCAAGGCCAUCGAGAAGCUUCCUCUCCUGCCCGGUGUCCUUGAGAUUGUUGGAAUCGGCUAUACUGGGUGGUUCACAUACCGCAACCUCGUCUUCCAGCCGGACAGGGAAGCUCUUAUCAGCAAGGUCAAGAGCACUUACAAGGAGAUCACCGGGAGCAGCAGCUGAUCAAGCAUCAUUUACUAGAUGGAUCGUUCUGUAAUCAGAUGCUAGAAUUGCAUCUGCAAGCACUGAGCUGCCAUGCAAGUGAAAGUGCUAACAUUUGAGACUGGAUCCUGUACCGUUUCUAGUCCUCUGACUAAGUCACUAAGUCAGAGAGAAACCUCUGCUGAUGAGCUAGUCUUUUUGCUUAUUUUGUAAUAUUUAUAACAUAUUUCCAGUUCCUUUGCAGACUACUGCACAUUCUGAAGUCUGAAGCAUUUGUGUGGGAUUAAAGAGGACAUUGAUUGGCUCGUUGCUUUUUAAACAAUGCAGAGUUAUAAUCUUUUGGCUGAAUGUUUUUGCACCAGCA